GGAGGGCGUGUCCUGCUAGUUUGGCUUCCUCAACAUGGCGGCGCCCUUGUGUGUGGAGGUGGAGUUCGGAGGUGGUGCGGAGCUCCUGUUUGAUGGAGUGAAAAAACACCAAGUCACCUUGCCUGAGCAAGAGGGACCCUGGGACAUCCGGAACCUCCUUGUCUGGAUCAAGAAGAACUUGCUAAAAGAGCGGCCAGAGCUGUUCAUCCAGGGAGAGAGUGUGCGGCCAGGAAUUCUGGUGCUGAUUAACGAUGCCGACUGGGAACUGCUGGGGGAGCUGGACUACCAGCUGCAGGACCAGGACAGCAUCCUCUUCAUCUCCACACUGCACGGCGGCUGAGGGCUCCUCUGUGAGCCCAGGCACCUUUGUGAGGGGAACACAGGACAACCACACCUCUCCUUGGGCCCUGCUUCCAGGUCCUCAGUCCCCUUGGCUGCCUCCUUCUCUGCUGUACCCCUGAGCUCCCUCUAGGCAGGGAAAAGAGGCCAGGUGCUAAAAAUGAGCCUUUCUGGGCAAGGCACGUGAGCAGGGAGGGAGAGCAGAUGCCUGAGCCCAGCACUCCUUCCUGCAGAGGUGGGGGAGGGUGCUCCUGUAAUAUGUCAGGAGUGGAGGGGGCUCUAUGCCCAGGUGACCCAGCUGCUUGCCACUCCUAUGUCUUGGUAUAUCUAAGCACUGAGUGACUGCCUUGCCACUCCUGUGUCUUGAUAUCUAAGUGUAUCUAAGCACUGAGUGACUGUCUGAAAGGGAUCUUCAUGGGGAAGAUGGAUGGACUGGAGUAACUGAUGAGAAGCCCCUCUCUUGCCAAAGAUUAGAGGGGCCUCCGCCUCAGUUUCCCCAUCUGGACACUGAAGACUCUGCUUGUCCCCCACUGAUGUCAUUAUGGAACCCCAGCUGGGGUCCCCUAUUCACUGCUCACCUCCCUCCCUCCACCCAGCAGCUGCUCUCCAGCCACACCCCUCCCCCCCAGCCCUUGACCCUGGCUGGCCUCCCCCCUACAUAGGCUACCAGAUGGGCUCCUGAGACACUCUCCAGACUGUCUACAACUCAUUCUGCUAGGGAGAGAAUGUAGGGAAGUAACCUAACCUUAGACAGCAGGCAGGGCCUCCAUGUGUAUAUAACUCCUAGCUUCCUGAAACAAGCAAGGUUUGAAUGUGCAGCACCUGGUAGAUAGAUGAUUGUGCCCCCCUUUCCUCCAUCCUUUCUGGAAAUCUGGGGACCUUUAUUGGGCAAAUAAAGAGACUAGGUUUUUUACUAGCCUUGCUUGGAGCUUCAUCCUUAGAAACUGGUGGUACCCUGUAUUCCUCAAAUCUAUGGCUGUAUUCUGGCCAAAGGCUCAGAUGGCCUUCACCUGAAAGGCUCACACAUGCACUGUUCCACAGAGAGGGUGGUUCAGUAGGGCCAUCUGGAGAAGAGAGUGUAGACCCUGAUGAUCAGUCCAGAUCCUGAGCCAUUCUCACCCGCCGGUCUAAGCCUAGGCUUUGUUCUGCCAACUGCAGUCAGCAGUUCCAGAACCCAGAAGAGGGGUGGCCUAAGUAAGACUGCUGAGCCCCGUGACUUCCAUGACCUGCAGAAAAAAGCUUCAUCUGACCCUAAGUGUUGCUUUAUGUUAAAUAUCAGUAAGAAUGAAAUUCCUUUCCCCACAUAGAUAGAGUUUCUAAUGUUGUGGACCAUUGUUGGGGAGUGAAGAACAUAUGACCCCCUGGUUGGUGAGCUUUCCCCAGACACUGCCACAGAGCAGACCCUUGGGCUUGUGUGGGUGGGAGCAGCCAUGUUGGGGUUACUGGUGAGAACUGGCUGGGUGCACCUGAAAGCCAGUGUUGGGUCCAAGAGCCUUGUCACCAUCCUCACAGUUUGUCAUUUUUAGAGGGUCAGCCUGUCCCUGGUCCCUGCAGUACCUCCUGAGCUGAGCUACUGAGAUAAGUUCUGGGAUGCCUUCUGCAGCUGAUGUGGGUAGGGGAUUUCUCUGCUGCUGUGGCACCCCAGUUAAUACUGAGAGCUCAGGAGGAUGGGCUGAGGAAAAACGGCUUUCCCCAUUCGGGGUGCCAGUGCCUUCGCAUAAAUUGACCAGAGCCCUUUCAUCCUGGUCCACUCCGGUCAUUUUAGUUUCUGGCAGAAAGGAGUCAGAGGCAGGUGACUCGGCCCAUCAGCGCCCAACAGCCUCCCUCCCAUUGCAACUCAUGGCCCUUGCUUUUGAGGAAAUAAACAAGUCCCACUACCUCCGAAG